AUGCAUAUAUCCCGAACCUGUAGCGCUGUUGCCCGGCAAGCUUUGAUGCGUGCAUGGCAGGUGCAAGCUCCUGCGGAACCAUUGCAGUUGAAUAUGGUACCCAAGCCAGUGAUUACAGCAUCGGACCAAGUUCUGGUCAGAGUUAAG